AUGAAGGCCUCUUUCGCUGCUAUCGCUCUCUCUCUCGGCGCUGCCCUUGCUGCCCCCUCCACCGAGUCCAUCAAGAGGCAACAAGACUCUCACCCCGUCAGCGUCAGCAGCAUCUCCCUGCGACGGCUGGAUGAGGGCAACCGCAUUGUCUUCCUCUCCUCAAUCACCCGCCACGACAAGUCCGGUGCCCCUCUGGAAUCGACCAACUGCCAGACCCAGUGGAACCCCGAGGUGCCUGCCGGCCCGGAGAACCCCGUCCAGUGCGCUGACCCGGCGUUCAACUUCUACUUCCCCAACGGGGUCAAGUCUCUGGAGAACUACGACAUCGUCGUCAACGGCCCUGAUGGCAAGUCUUCUGGUACGAUCGAGAAGGGCCCUAGGUACCAGUGCGGCCCAUACGACGGAACCAUUGCAGGAAUUGAGUAUGAGUGCAAGAUUACCCAGGGCGCCGAGUUCUUCCUCACUCUGGAGUAG